UCACACUGCUGCUCCCGCCAAUGGUUUUUAUUUACUUUUUUUUGUUUUGUUUUUGUUGAUAUGGAUUCUAUGGAAGUGGAUGAAAACGAGCCCCAGCUCUACGUACGCACGCCGGAGGAUGUAAAGACAAUUGUGAAACACGCAAAGUUGGACGAGCGGCAGCUCACGCAACUCACUCAGGCACUGUAUUACCCCCCAGCACACAUUGUGCCCGACAAUCUGCGCCUGCUAGAGCUCGACUCACACAUGCUGCAGCACAUCCGCGAGGGCCAGACGCUUCACUUCAAAGGGGGACUGAAUGAGAAGAUCGUGCUCUGCACGGACGAGCGUACGUACGACGUUAAGGGCGCUGAGAUCUCGAACAGCCUGUUGCUCGUGCCGGAUCUAAAGUUUGGCGCUGCCACCAGCACCUCCCCACUCAAGAGCCCGCGCACAGGCAAUGCAAACGCCUCCCUGGAGCGAAGUCUCAACGACAGCACAGAGGAUGAACUGGAAGUGCCACGCUCGCUGGAGCAGCGCUCGGUGCUGGCCGUGUUCCACGAGUACUUUGAGUGCCGCGAGAUCAAGCCACGCUUUCGCAAACUGAGCGAACUGCUCCAACUGACUCGGUACUCGGGGCCGGAGAACGAGUACUGCAUUGAGCGGAAGGUUCUCUUCAGCUUCCAGCAGCUGCUGGACACGGUCCAGUGCAGCAGGGCACAGUUCGAGGAGGGACUGCGGAACCUACGCGCCCUGGAAUUCGAAGGCCACGUACGCGUCAUGGAGUACGAGUACGAGUAUCGCAUAAUCAGCCUGAUGCUGGGUUUGAUCAGCGAAAACUCCUGGGCCCUGGAUGAAGUGGAACGAGCGGAGACAAUUGCCGCUUUGGACGGCAUCGCACCAGAGGCUGUAGUGGCCGGGCUCUUUGACAUCUACACCAUUCCCAGCGAGCGCUGUCCGGGGAAGUUCUCCUACCAGGAAUCACUGGUUGCACGGAUUGUCGCUCAAAACAUUCUACAGCCGGGUCUGCGCUUUCGCAAUGAGGAAUUUAUGCGCUCCUGGCAGGAGGCUAUGCCGGACGGCAUGUCCUGUGAGAUGAAAUACCUACGUGGCCUUGGCAUCUGCGAUGCGGAGGGUGCGCAGCCUUGCAUCCGCUCGCUGGCCGAGGAGCGGCUGCCCACAAAUCUCAACGAUCGCAUGAGGGAAAUGUUCAAGACGAAGCGCAAGUGGACGCUGGAGGAAAUGGAGCCGUACAUAGAAUGCUUCACAACUCCCACACUGUCUGUGUCCACGCUGCUGGCCAAGAACGCGCGCUCCUUGACAGAGGCUGGCGUCCGGUACUACGUCUCGAAGCAUUGAUUGGCUCAACUUAUCCUGCAACUUUAUUCUUACAAUCCGCUGUGCAUCUUCUCUUUAGUAAAUUAAAUUUCAUUUAGGCA